AUGGCCGCCCGAAUCCCCGUCAGUCAGGUCCCGGUGAUGUUCGCCCGCCGCCAGCCUCGAGUGCUCCAAACCUCGCGCCGCCUCCAAUCCACCUCUGCUUCUCAAACACAGAACCCCGCCUACCCGCUCUACCCCUCCGUUCAACAGCUCCUGCACCAGAAGAACAUCCCUCUCUCGGAAGCAUCCAAGAUACCUGCCUCCGGACCCAAGGGCCGCCUGUUGAAGGGUGAUGUCCUCGCCUACCUAGGCCAGAUUGCCAACGACUACCCCGCAUCGCAAGCCGCCUCGCUGGCCAAGUUGCAGGUUCUCGACCUGAGCAACAUCAAGAUUGCUGCGCCGGCACCCCAGCCCGCCGCGCCGGCCGCGGAAAAGACCAAGGAGGAGGAAGUCGUCGCUAAACCCCCGCCCGUCACCUCUGUUGCGAUCACUAUCUCCCUGGCCGCUGUUCUGUCCGCUCAGCGCAAGCUGCAAGAGAACCUGGGCGUGACGGUCCCGCUGUCCCGCUUCCUGGCCAUUGCCACCGAUCUGGCGAACGACGACCUGCCCCGUGCUAAGAACGCUAAGCCCUCUGCCGACGAGCUCUUCGAUGAGAUUCUCGGUGGUGAGCCUGUUCUCUCAUCACGCGGUGACUACAUCCCUGAGCUGAAUGCAUUCGAGACUCACCAGGCUCGUCAGCCUGAGCCCGUUGUUGAGGAUAUCAUUGAUAUUCUGAGUGCUAAGCCCGGCAAGAAGUCUGCCCCUGCGCCUGUUCCUGCAUUCGAAGAUGAGUCUGGCGCGGCCAAUGUCUUUAGCCUGACUGUCCCCGUUGGUGAGGAGGUGCGCGCCAAGGCAUUCCUCGAGCGGAUCCAGACUCUCCUGCAGGUCGAGCCUGCUAGGUUGGUGGUUUAA